CCCCAGCCCCCAGCCCCCAGCCCCCGGGAUGGGGGUGAACGCCGUGCACUGGUUCCGAAAGGGGCUCCGGCUUCACGACAACCCCGCCCUGAAGGAGUGCAUCCAGGGCGCCGACACCAUCCGCUGCGUCUACAUCCUCGACCCCUGGUUCGCCGGCUCCUCCAACGUGGGGAUCAACAGGUGGCGAUUUUUGCUUCAAUGUCUUGAAGACCUUGAUGCCAAUCUGCGAAAAUUAAACUCUCGUCUGUUUGUGAUUCGUGGACAACCAGCAGAUGUGUUUCCCCGGCUUUUCAAGGAAUGGAACAUUACUAAACUUUCAAUUGAAUAUGAUUCUGAGCCCUUUGGAAAGGAACGAGAUGCGGCUAUUAAGAAACUGGCAACUGAAGCUGGAGUAGAAGUAAUUGUACGAAUUUCACACACAUUAUAUGAUCUAGACAAGAUCAUAGAACUAAAUGGUGGUCAGCCACCUCUUACCUAUAAAAGAUUCCAGACUCUCAUCAGUAAAAUGGAACCACUAGAAAUACCAGUAGAGACAAUUACUUCAGAAGUGAUAGAAAAGUGCACAACUCCUCUGUCUGAUGACCAUGAUGAGAAAUAUGGAGUCCCAUCACUGGAAGAACUAGGUUUUGAUACAGAUGGCUUACCCUCUGCAGUGUGGCCAGGUGGAGAAACUGAAGCACUUACACGUUUGGAAAGGCAUUUGGAAAGAAAAGCUUGGGUGGCAAACUUUGAAAGACCUCGAAUGAAUGCAAAUUCCCUGCUCGCUAGCCCUACUGGACUCAGUCCUUAUCUCCGAUUUGGUUGUUUGUCAUGUCGGCUCUUUUAUUUCAAACUGACAGAUCUCUACAAAAAGGUGAAGAAGAACAGUUCCCCUCCCCUUUCCCUUUAUGGGCAACUAUUAUGGCGUGAAUUUUUCUAUACAGCAGCAACAAAUAAUCCACGCUUUGACAAAAUGGAAGGAAACCCCAUUUGUGUUCAGAUUCCAUGGGAUAAGAAUCCUGAGGCUUUAGCAAAAUGGGCAGAAGGACGCACAGGCUUUCCAUGGAUUGAUGCCAUCAUGACACAGCUUCGUCAGGAGGGUUGGAUUCAUCAUUUAGCCAGACAUGCAGUUGCUUGUUUCCUGACACGAGGUGACCUAUGGAUUAGUUGGGAAGAAGGAAUGAAGGUAUUUGAAGAAUUACUGCUUGAUGCAGAUUGGAGCAUAAAUGCUGGAAGUUGGAUGUGGCUGUCUUGUAGUUCCUUUUUCCAACAGUUUUUUCACUGCUAUUGCCCUGUUGGUUUUGGUAGGAGAACAGAUCCCAAUGGAGACUAUAUCAGGCGCUAUUUGCCUGUCCUAAGAGGCUUCCCUGCAAAAUAUAUCUAUGAUCCCUGGAAUGCACCAGAAGGUAUUCAAAAGGUAGCCAAAUGUUUGAUAGGAGUUAAUUAUCCUAAACCAAUGGUGAACCAUGCUGAGGCAAGCCGUUUGAAUAUUGAGAGGAUGAAACAGAUCUAUCAGCAGCUUUCACGAUACAGAGGACUCGGUCUUCUUGCUUCAGUGCCAUCUAAUCCUAAUGGGAAUGGAGGCCUCAUGGGGUAUUCUCCGGGAGAAAAUAUCCCAGGUUGUAGCAGCAGUGCAAGUUGUACUCAAGGGAGUGGUAUUUUACAUUAUGCUCAUGGAGACAGUCAGCAAACUCAUCUAUUAAAGCAAGGAAGAAGCUCCACAGCCGCUGGUCUUGGCAGUGGGAAACGUCCUAGUCAGGAAGAGGACACGCAGAGUGUUGGUCCUAAAGUCCAGCGACAAAGUACUAAUUAGGUAAAUAUUUUAGAGCUUUAUUUCUUGCUUAAGCCAGAGUAUGUAAUUAACAUAAAUUAAGAUAAUUUCUGAAAUGGAGCUUAUCUCUAUUUUCAAACCAGAGAAUCUGGGGCAUAAAUUUUUAAAAAAUAUUUAUUUAUUUGACUGCUCUGGGUCUUAGUUGCAGCAUGCAGGAUCUUGAGUUGUGGCAUGCUAACUCUUAGCUGUGGCUGUGGGGUUUAGAUCCCUGGCCAAGGAUCAAACCUGGGCCUCCUGCAUUGGGAGCACAGAGUCUUAACCGCUGGACCACAAGGGAAGUCCCAGGCAUAAAUUUUUCAGUGAUUGUUACAAAAUCAACUCUGGGACAAGAGAAAUACACCUGUACUGGGCACAGUGCUAUACUCAGUUUUAUGUCCUCUGAACUGAUGAUCUUCAAAUCUGAAAAGCUUAUGGUGUUCUGCUCAGAUUUCUCCUCAGAAAAAGCCAUCCUUUUCAUUUCCUUCCUAUGUGACCAUGAGUCUAAAACAAUUAAAAUGACUUUUAACUUCUAGUGAUAUUAAUAAAUCCCUUUGUGAACUUUUCCUCAUAUCUUAAGUGUUUAUAAAUUUAUCUGUUGUAAUAGAUCUGAAAUCUAAAUUAUUUCCAGUUUGAUAGGUAGCUUAAGUUUUUUUAAAUGUUGGUCCUUUUUGAAAAUGUCAAAAAGCCAUGCCUGUAUUCAAUUCAAUUGGUUUUGGAAUACUGUUUUAUGAUUUAAAUUUAUAUGAAAAGAUUUCAUACAGUGAAUUUGCCAGUUAAGACUUUUGUUUCUUCAGUUAUCUUGAACUGUUCACAUUUUUAAAGUCAUUGCUGUUUUUUUUAAUGUGAACCUAAUUAGUCUGUAAAUUUCUUGACGAUUAGUAAACACUCAUCAGAUUUUUAUCAUUCCUUGCAAUCAAGCUUUACGCAGUUUUUUUUUUUUCCUUACAUCACAGAAAACAUUCAGAAGGAAUACUGUUGCAGCUGAAAUUGGUGGGGAGUUCGAUACUUUUUCAGUUAAAUUAUUUUAAAAUAUUCCUCAUUGAUGGAAAGCAGUUACAUAUUGAAAUGCAUUAUUUCUAAUAACAUUUCUGUGGUUUUUAACUUUUUAAAUACAUUUGACAUAGGACAAAUGGUAAUUUGUAUAUAAAGAACUUGGUAAAAGAAUUUGCUUAAUGUAAAUAUAAAUAGUCACAAUUAGUAUAGACCCAUCAAUAUAUUUUUGAUAAUUUUUCAUGUAUGGUAAAAAUUAAAAUGGCUAACUGAUAUUCUAAUACAAAAAAUCAAAGUUUUGAGAGUCAGUGUGGGAAAAUAGGUUUUUAGACUUUCUUAAAAGACUUUGUUAAAAUUUUAAGACAGAAUUUUUCUUGACAUCAUUGUUUGGUCUAACUUUACACUCUUUGAUAAUAAUGUUUUAAAAAAUGUGCAUAAUCAAAAUUAGGGGUUAUAGCCUCUGUUAACAUAGACAGUAUAUGUUUUAAAGCUUCAUGUAUGCCUGUUUGACCCAAAGUUGUGGAAGUGUCAUAUGUUAAGUUCUUUUUGUUCUCCCUUUCUUUGUUCGAUUACAGCUAAAGUGACUAUGUUAUUAAAGUAUAUGCAUAUAUGGAA